CAGAGAGAGACACAGCGAGAGAGGGAACACAGGCAGGGGGAGUGGGAGAGGGAGAAGCAGGCUUCCCGCCGAGCAGGGAGCCCGAUGCGGGGCUCGAUCCCAGGACCCUGGGAUCAUGACCUGAGCCAAAGGCAGAUGCUUAACGACUGAGCCACCCAGGCGCCCCAUCUCACAAUGGUCUUAUGAGGUUCAUGUUAUCCCCAUUUUAUGGUUAAAAGACCUUGCAUUUAGGAAGUGGUAGAAUGGGAAUUUGAGAUCCUUCCAUUGGGUUCCAGAAUAUUUUCCCUUAACCACUGGACAUUACAUGCUCAAUUAAUUAAGACAAAAGGAACUGAGUAGAUGAGAAAAAAACCCAAAACAAUGACAUGAUGAGUUUUGCUCCCGCAGGUAUUAGGAUUUCUUUCUCCUUCAUGUUGUAUUCUAGAAUGUCAAGGUCAUGUGUAGCUGUCUCCACAAAGUGAUGGGCCGUGGUGUUUAUCCUGGUUUUCUUACAUUCACAAUGAUACCUCUGUCUUCCACUGCAUGUCUCCCCCUUACACAAUUAUUUUCUUCUACACAUUCUGUUGAGUACAUAUUCAUUUGGGAUAAUUGGGUUAUCCCUCCCAUUUUAAAACUGAGACAGUUCCCUUAAUUUCCAACUUAGCAUGAAGCUUUUGCAUCAGAUUGUUUUAUUUGUAACACUUCUGCUUACACUAGUGCAGGAAUGGGAAUUUUAAAUGGUUACAGAUUUGAGAAGUUAUUUUGGAGCAUAGGGGUACUUUAAGAAAGACAAACUGGUGUUGAAAUAAUGAAGCAUUUCCCUUGGCUUUCUUGGACAGCCAGCUGGCCAUAUAAGAGGCCUGACUGCUUGCAAGGGGUUGUGAGAGGUUAUUAUGUAUAAGGGAGAUGCAGAAAAAGAAGUAGGCAUAAUCCGGCUCCAUUGGGCUGGUUGGCUCUUACUAUUGCAGUGGUGACGCACUUCAUCCUGUCUUUCUCAGACUCUUAACAUCUGGAGGUCUUUCUGCUCUUCUUAGCUCUUCCACCUAGAUCCAUAAGCCUGGGCCUUUCUUACAAUCUCGCUCUUUUUUUUUUUUUCUGUCUACCCUUAACUCACCAACAUGAGUGCAGAUCCAGCUCUGCCCCUAUGCCCGCCUGGCCCCGAAGCACCCAGUUCUAGGGACUCUUCUCCAAUGCCUGAGAUUUACGGGCCCGAAGAAAAUUAUGCAUCCCUGCAAAUGUCAUCUGCUGAGACACCCCACGCGGAGACCGUCUCUCCUCUUCCUUCGUCCAUGGAUCUGUUUGUUCAGGACAGCCCCGACUCCUCCCCCAGGCCCAGGGUAAAACCACCACCCACUUCUGGAGAGGAGAGAACAGUGAGGAAGGAAGAUACAGCCCAGGGCAAGAAACAGAAGAUCAGGACCGUGUUCUCUCAGACCCAACUCUAUGUCCUCAAUGAUCAAUUUCAGAGACAGAAAUACCUCAGUCUCCAGCAGAUGCAAGAACUUUCCAACAUUCUGAACCUUAGCUAUAAGCACGUGAAGACCUGGUUCCAGAAUCAGAGAAUGAAAUGUAAGAGGUGGCAGAAAAACCACUGGCCAAAGGAGAGCAAGAGUAACAGCACAGCAACCGCAGAAUACCCAGGCUUCUAUUCCUACCACCAGGGAUACCCGAGGAACACUUCCGGAAACCUUCCAAUAUGGAGCAACCAGACCUGGAAUAACCCGAAUUGGAGCAACCAGACCUGGAACAGCCAGUCUUGGAUCAACCACUCCUGGGCCAGUCAGACCUGGUGCCCCCAAGCCUGGAACAAUCAGCUCCAAAACUGUGGAGAGGAAUCUCUGCAGCCCCAGAUCCAGUUCCAGCAAAAUUCCAUCAGUGAUUUGGAGUCCAUCUUAGAAACUUCUGGGGAAAGCCAUAGUGUAAUACGACAAUCUGCUAAGUAUUUUAGUACCCAGCAAAUAAUGGAUUUGUUCCCAAAUUACUCUGUGAACAUACAGACUGAAGACGUGUGACAAUGAGUAUAUUAUUCGAUCUCAGUUUGGGUGGUGGCUGUUAUCUCCUAGGCUUUGUCUUUUAGGUCCUAUAUAUCUCUGCCUCGAUAUUCUGUUUUCCAUUAUUCUUACUGUGUCCAUUGAGGGGGUACGAUGGGAGUCAAAGAGGUUUCAGUAGCGUUGGCUCUAUGGACAACAUGAUAAAAGGUGUUUCUCGCUAUAGAUAACUAGAUACAAUACUAAUGUGGAUAUCUUUAGGCUCUAGAAUCUAACCUCAAGAAUAGGAAGUGAAGAUACAAAGACGUGUGAUGAAGGAUAAUUUGUAUUUUCUGAGAUUGUGAGGCUUUUCUUGUUAAUAACCUCUAACGGUGAAGGGUUAAGCUAUAAUGUGCUUCAUUGAUUCCUCUGUUCCUUGUGAUGUUUUACUAGAACUGUUAAUUUGUUCAUUAUUCUAGUAUUUGUAGAAAGAUGUUUUGUAUUUGAAUGUGUCAUGAUAAUAGUACCAGUUUGGCUGAUUGGUUUAUAGGUUUAAGUACAAAUAAAUAAAAUACACACUUUACCCUCAAAAAAAAAAAAAAAAAAAAGAAGUAGGCAUAAUCCAAUGUGAGUUCCACCCUUGUGAUUUGCCAAGACCAGAGUGACAGCUAUGACUCCCAGGGUCACAAAGGGCAUUUCCCCUUGAGCUAUCUUUGGAGACUGCCAAUGCCUUCAAAUGCCAAGUUGUGGCCACCUCAGCUGCUAUAACAAGGUGAAUUUAUGAAAACUUCAAAGAACUGCAGCUUGCUGCUCCCUGGCAUCUGAUCCAGUUCAUCACUCCUGACCCUCUGGGGAGGGGACUUUACAACAUGGGCCAGAAGGUUCAGGAAUUGUUGCUGCCCUUCUGGGCCACUUGCUGCUUUCUAUAUAAAUGCAAAGCCAAGCUCUAAAAAAAAAAAGGAGUGUGUAAACUGAAAUGAAGUCCAGGUUCUAAUGGGCCAUUGGAAGAUUGAAAAAUUGACUAAAAUAAAACAUUUAUAAAGCAGACUGUGAACAAAUUAUAUUCUUUGGCCAUUCCUUCAUUAGACAAAAGUCCUGUCUUUCAUGAUUAUGUUAUUUUGGGGAUAGAUGAUAGCUAAUAAAAUCAAUCUAACAUCUGCAGGCUUUUUUUUUUUAAUAGUUCUGGACUAGGUUUCUUAGCAUAAUGCUUUGUCGUGAUCCUCAUGGUCUGUGAUUCUUUUUGCCAAGCCUACUUCAUCAGUCCCCUGUUGUCCUGUGGAUUUUUGACGCAUUGGAAUCCUAGCAACAGAUUUCUUGUUUAAGUAGGAUCAUCCUGAUCACUGGUCUCCCACGGGUUGGUAAAAGUUUUGCGCUGCUUCUUAUCACUCAUAGAACAUCCCUAGAGCAUUUUUCUUUUUUUAAAGCCUGCUCUUCCACCAAUUAAAUAGAAAAACAUACCUCGCUUGUGAAUCUAUGAUCAGGUGUCCAAAUAAGGAGGCUCUCUCUUAAGAGAUCACAUUGCAGGCCUCACCUCAGUGGGGGGGUGGUUUUUAUCGGUUCAUUUGCUUGAUUUUGUAUAAGGAUAUGUAUAAUAGAAAGGUUCUUUAAGCCUCUUUAAUUUGGAAAGCCAAAUUAAUAGUAGUCAUUCCAUUGCAAGAAUCUUGUAUUAAAUAUUUUUUCAUUCAUUGUUCUCUAAAACUUAUACAUUUGCUUUUGUAUUCUUAGCAACAUGUAAUAAAGUAAAAGUUGAAAUAUAUAAUAGAUCAUUAAUUUGAGUUUUUGAAAGAUUUUCCACCUAAUUCUCAAUGUAACAGCAACAAUAUUAGAUAAUAUACUCCAGGUACUGUUCUGAGCAGUAUGCUUCUAUUAAUGAGUUGAACUCACAGUAACUGUUAUUACCCCAUUCAACAGAUAGGAGAGUGAAGCAUUACUAUGGAGGCACAGAAAAGUUAUGUAACUUCCACAAAGUAGCAAGUAGCAGCAUAGGCUUUUGAAUCCCUCCAGCUGGCUUCUAAGCCCAUUCUCCUAACAAUUGAGCUGCAUUUUGCACUUCUCUGUGAAGUGCAAAAACAUGGGGCAAAGUAAGAGGAAAAAAUGGCCCGUUUUCCCACCAUUCAACAAUAGCUGUUAAAAGGAAACAGGUAAAACUUAGCUACGAAUACCUGUAUGAAAUCAGCCCAUUGUACACCUUACAUUUUAACGUUAUAUGUCAGUUAUAUCUCAAAUAAAGCUGGGGAAAAAACAGCUCUAUGUACUUUUCUGAAUUUUUAUGUGCGUGUAAACUUUUAAAAAAUAAAAAUGGUAGUUUAUUUGUGCAUACUGUUUUGUAGUUUUGUACUUUCUCGGGUCACAUUAUUCUUCACCACCAUAAUUUUUUGGCU